CCAGCACCAUGGAGCUCAGCGUCCUCCUCCUCCUGGCUGUCCUCACGGGACUCCUGCUUCUGAUGGCCAGGGGCCAGCCUAAGGCGUACAGACGCCUCCCACCAGGUCCUCGGCCUCUGCCCUUUUUGGGGAACCUUCUGCAGAUGGAUAGAAGAGGUCUUCUCAAAUCCUUCCUGCAGCUCCGAGACAAAUAUGGGGAUGUCUUCAUGGUGUACCUGGGGCCAAGGCCAGUGGUCAUGCUAUGUGGGGCAGAGGUCAUACGGGAGGCCCUGGUGGACAAUGCUGAUGCCUUCUCUGGCCGAGGGAAAAUUGCUGUGAUUGAUCCAAUCUUCCAGGACUAUGGUGUGGUCUUUGCUAACGGGGAGCGUUGGAAAGCCCUUCGGCGAUUCUCUCUGGCCACCUUGAGGGACUUCGGGAUGGGAAAGCGGAGUGUGGAGGAGCGGAUCCAGGAGGAGGCUCAGUGCCUGGUGAAGGAACUCCAGAUGACCAAGGGAACCCUCCAGGACCCCACCUUCUUCUUCCAUGCCAUCACUGCCAACAUCAUCUGCUCCAUUGUCUUUGGACAACGCUUUGAGUACAAAGACCCCGAGUUCCUGAGGCUGCUGGACCUGUUCUACAGAUCCUUCGCGCUCAUCAGCUCCUUCUCAGGCCAGCUGUAUGAGCUCUUCUCUGGCGUCAUGAAGUACUUUCCUGGCACACACAGGAAAGUUUGGAGCCACCUGGAGGAAAUCAAUGCCUUCAUUGGCCGUAGUGUGGAGAAGCACCGGGAAACCCUGGAUCCCAAUGCGCCCCGGGACUUCAUAGACACCUACCUGCUCCGCAUGGAAAAUGAGAAGUCCGACCCCAACAGCGUGUUCCACCACAAGAACCUCAUCAUCACCACGCUCUCCCUCUUCUUCGCCGGCACAGAGACGACCAGCACCACCCUGCGUUAUGGGUUCCUGCUCAUGCUCAAAUAUCCCCACAUCAGAGAGAGGGUCCAAAAGGAGAUUGACCGGGUGGUUGGCUCCAAUCGCUCUCCAGUCUUCACGGACCGAGCCAACAUGCCUUACACUGACGCAGUCAUCCAUGAGAUUCAGAGAUUCGGAGACCUCCUCCCCAUCGGGGUGCCCCAUAUAGUCACCCAAGACACUCAUUUCCGAGGGUACAUCAUCCCCAAGGGCACUGAAGUAUUUCCCAUCCUGAACUCUGCUCUCAAUGACCGGCGGUACUUUGAGAAACCAGAAACCUUCAACCCUGACCACUUUCUGGACGCCAGUGGGGCACUGAAGAAGUGCGACGCUUUUUUGCCCUUCUCCAUAGGGAAGCGCAUUUGUCUCGGCGAGGGCAUCGCUCGCACAGAGUUAUUCCUCUUCUUCACCACCAUCCUCCAGAACUUCAACGUGGACAGCUCUGUGGCCCCUGAGGACAUCGACCUCACACCCAUGGAGUGUGGUGUGGGCAAACUGCCCCCGGCUUAUCGGAUCCGCUUCCUGCCCCGCUAAGGGAGCUGGGGCAGGGAGGUCUAGGAUUCUGGGUUCCUCACGUGUCCCACCUCUGCAGAAAAUGCCUCUGAGUCUCUCCAGGUCUUCCUUCCUCUCAGAGGCCUGCAGGAAGCCAGUGUCCUUCUCCCUCCCUGGUGGCCUCCUCCAUGGGGCAUCCUUUCUGUAGUCUCCCCUCUCCCGUCAUGCUGCAGUUCCCCAGAGGCUCGAGACAUGUUGCUGCUAGAAUUCCAGGAAUGGUGUCUGUACAGACCAAGGGUUACAGGGAAACACGGCUCAGGCUCUCUGAGGUUCUGCCUCCCAGGCCACGGCUCAUCUAGAGCGACCGCUCCUUCCCAAGAACCAUCACGCUUCCUUUAUCAACUGUAGGGGCUCCAGGAACUGCUCAGAGCUGAUGCCUCUUGAAUCAUCCUA